ACACAUCCUCUGUUUCAAUGGUGUCCAGGAGCGGAUUGCUCGGCGAUUGUAAAAGCAGAAGUAUGCAAGGCAAAACGUACCGUCUGUUCAAAAUGCAAAACAACGUUCUGGUACGUGCAACAGAAAUCUCGUAUCAAUAGAUUCCGGCCAUAGACUAAAUUGUAAUCUAGGCAAGAAGAACAAAAUCCAUUACCACAGCUAGAAAGAGCAUGUUAAAAUUAGUAAAAUUGCAAAGUUUGGUUGCGAAAUGUUGUAAAAUGUGGAAAAUAUAGCCCUGUGAAAUUUGCAAAUUUUGUAUCGAUUUGUAUUACGCGCGGGAAAAUGCAGCACAUUUGGGCAGAAAGUGUUGCAUUUUCUCCCGUGCGUAAUACAAAUUAAUACAAAAUUUGCAAAUUUCGCAGCGCUAUAUAUAUUGUCCGCAUUUUACAACAAUUAGCAACCAAUCAUUGCAGUUUUUACUCGUUCUAAGACGCUCUUUCUAGCUGUAGUGUUGGAUUUUGUUCUUCUUGCCGAGAUCAAAAUGUAGUCUAUAUAGCUGCAGGAAUAACCCAUUCUCUCACUACAAAGAGCAACGAAAAAUUUCUUGUUGAUCUCGAUCUCGAAGUUGCUAGACCACUAGACAAUAUUCUAUACUCGCCCACCGUUUAAUGCGUUAUUUCAAUUAAUGUGUACUUUUUCUUUCAAAUAGUUUUCAAUGUGGACUGGAUUACCAUGCCCCUGCUGGUAUGUUAUUUGAAUUCGUUGUUUUCGCUCGUAUGGUUAUAUUUUGAAUAGUAGGACACUGAUUAAGAUACUUUCAGAGUUCGCAUUGAAUGGUAAUUUCAGCUUUAGACUAAAUUUUGAUCAAGGCAAGAAGAACGAAAUCCAACACCACAGCUAGAAAGAGCGUCUUAGAAUGAGUAAAAUUGCAAAGAUUGCUUGCUAAUUGUUGUAAAAUGAGGAAAAUGUAGCCCUGUGAAGUUCGCAAAUUUUGUAUAUAUUUGUAUUACGCGCGUGAAAAAUAACCACUUUCGGCUCAGAAAUGGUUAUUUUUCGCGCGCGUAAUGCAAAUAUAUACAAAAUUUGUGCUAUAUACGUCGCCAAUGAACUCUUCAGAUGGGUCGUUUUUUAAGCCAUUUAAAACACUCGCAGUCGCAGCUUUAUCAGAUAUAAAACACUCGAGCUGCGCUCUCGUGCCCACUGACCAACUCGGCCCAUACCAUCUUGGCCCAAUUGUUAACUACUGUUUGACAUAUUAGGAGAGCUAAUAUUUUACAAAAGAUAGCACCAAACCAAUACAGCCAUGUACAGUUGCAUUGGGCGUACAGAUGAGUAAAGUUUGAGAACAUCCAGUUUGACUUAAUUUAAUUAAAGAAUCUAUCGAAGUUUCAAAUUCUCGAUCUGUCCGUUUUGAUACUAAAUUCGAGACUAAAUUACUGAUCAUUCAAAUCUCUCUCAAAAUUUGCAAAGAUAGAACGCAGUCAUGGCUCCUAGCUUGUUUAGUGGUUAGAUUAGUCAGUUUACGAGCGGGCAGAGUUAUUCCUUGAACGGUGGGCCGAGUUGGUUAGUGGGCCGAGUUGACUGUAAAGCUAUUAUAUAAUUAUGUAAAUAGUCUUGUAGUCCUUGUCUUUAGUUAAUGUCUAUUGAGUAUUUGGUGUUUUUAGGUUAAUUGGUCUUCAAAAAAAGUUUUAAAAAGUUGAUUUGUAAUAAUUUGAUAGUAGUUUUGUAUGGUUGUAAAAUUAUUUUAAAAAAAUAAAUAACUAAAUAAAUAGAAAUAAAGUAAUUUUCAAUGUCUCUGUUUUCAGAUUGUGUCGUGAUCAAGAAAUGGUUAACAAAAUGUCACGACGAUUCUGAGACGGCAAAUUAUAUUCAAGCCAACACAAAAGAUGUAAUUAUGCUGCGUAAUGACGUUGAUAUACUUACAGUUUCAUAUUAUUCUGACACUGCAAUCGAGCAACGAAAAAUUCAUUGGCUCGAGCGGGAUUUGAACUCGUAUGAAAAAAUAUGAAACUGGUUUUUCGUAUCUCUGAGGAUCUGGUUCUGAAAUACUUACAGUUUGAUUAUGUAAUAAUUACAUGUAUCUUAGUGCGUGAUCGGUGACUGCCUAUGCAACCUCGUACUCGGGGUCUUGGGGCGUGCGAAGGUAAGAGCCUGGAUACGAGAUUGACUGCCUAUGUUUCUUUUUCUAGUGUCCCAAAUGUAUGAUUUGUAUCGAGAAGAAUGGAGGAUGCAAUCACAUGGUAAUUAUAUCAUAAUUGGAGGGCUUUAUUACAUUGACACUCAAACUACACACGUAAAAAUAUCACAACUUGUCAACAAGAUGUGUUCGCAACAGGCUUGUUGACAAAUUGUUGAUUGUUAAUUGUUGAAUUGCAGGACGAUAACAAGUUGUUUGAACAACUUGUAACAAGUCUGUUGAGCUCAACAACCUUGUAGCAAGUUGUCAACAAACCGUUGACAACUUGUCAACAAGCUGGGAACAAGCAGUGCGAACACAUCCUGUUGACAAGUUGUUGGAACAGCAUUGCUACAAGUCUGCUGCAGAUUUGUUGCAACUAUUAAUAGGCUACACUCCUAAAAACGCACAAGUUGUUACAUGUCUGUAAACAAGUUGUUACAAAUCUGUUCACAAGCUGUCGACAAGUUGUGUUCGCACUGCUUUUUCCCAGUUGUUGUAACAAGUUUUGAACACGCUGUUAACAAGUUGUAACAAGCUUGAUGGCAUUAUCAGCCUUGUAGCAAAGUUGUUCUAACAAGUCUGAUACAGUCAUGAUAUAACAAGAAUGUUACAAGGUUGACAACACAAGGUUGUAACAAUAUUGUUAUAUCAUGACUGUAUCGGACUUGUUGGAACAACCUUGCUACAAGUCUGAUAAUAUCAGCAAGCUUGUUACAAGCUGUUAACAACUUGUACAAUAUUGUUAUAUCAUGACUGUAUCGGACUUGUUGAAACAACCUUGCUACAAGUCUGAUAAUAUCAACAAGCUUGUUACAAGCUGUUUAAACAACUUGAAUACAAUAUUGUUAUAUCAUGACUGUAUCAGACUUGUUGGAACAACCUUGCUACAAGUCUGAUAAUAUCAACAAGAUUUUUACAACUGUUAACAGUUUGUUCCAUACUUGUUGACAACUUGGAACAAGCAGUGCGAACACAACUUGUUGGCAGACUUGCUACAAGAUGCGAGACUUUUGCGCGUAUAAAACCCUUCAUGAUCACAAAACUUUAAAUUGCUAAACAUUAUAUUGCAUCUUUUCUUUUCUGCAGCAAUGUUACAAAUGUAAACAUGGUAUGUAUCAUUUAUUACAACGGUUUUGAAAUAAAAUUGAAAUAUCACAGCAUACUCAGACCCCGAGCACACCGAAUGCCUUUAUUUGGUGUGUGUUACAUUAGAGCUAACCUGGAACAGUUGUGAAAAAAGCAACUAUAAGCCCUCUGGCAGGAAUGAAACCUACCAUUCCGGUGCAACGUUCUAACCAACUGAGGAGAACAGGCCAGUUGUCGAGCCAGGGACGUAUUGUAUUGAUAAUCGCUUUAUUAGCAUGACCAUAUUUUACAGGUAUUGCUAAAACUUAACUAUAACGUAACAAUGUAACAUAUAAAAAAUAUUUAAGAAGUAGACUAUAAGAAGAUACUAUUUACAGGAUGGAAAGUUUAACUAAUGACUACCAGCAUUCCCGGCUUCAAGUUGUUUAAGUCUUUCCUCAAAACACGAAAAAAUAAAUUUCGAUAAUUUCAGGAUGGUGUCACUAGCAGUUGACUUCAUUAUGUCAACUGAUAAAGUUGGUUUGUUUAAGUUUGUCUCAGUAGUAGUGAGAUCGUUUUUUAGACUGUUUAUAAAGUUUACUCGAGUGUCACCGUAAGCCUCGUAUAGCGAAGCAUCUGAAGUUGGGGUGUCAGAGGAUUUUUCCUUAAAUUUGAACUUCAAUGUUAAAAAAUUUACUUGAAGUGUAAUAAUUAUAAUAGAGCUUUUUUCUGGUUGAUUUCCACUGUCAUGCUAAGCUUCCGAAGAAAAGGGGGGUCUGUCUGGGGGGUCCUGCCCCAGAACAUUUUUACAUUUUUGAAGCUCCAGGGGCGCAUUUCUAGCGUUUUCUAAAGCAAAUUCGCAAACGAAUUGGAUCUAAAUUGACUGUAUUUUACUAAAAUGGUUAUCAUUUCACAACUUUAUUAUGCAAAUUUUCCAUGACAAUGUCAAAAUUUUAACUUGAUUUUUACCUGAGUUUAACAGCUGGAGGGUUCCACCCCCCCCUCGGUCGCUACGUCCCUGUGUCGAGCUCUAACCACAUGUGUAAUAUACUAAAGUUAUACCAAUGUAAGAUAUAUGGGUUAAUACACAAAACCCUCCAACCGUUAGUUCUAUCGAAUAAGAUACCCAAAAUCCUGUUGUAUUGUAUUUUCUAAAAUCGUCGCCUCGAAAUUGAUGCUGUAUACUUACUUUAAUCAAGUGAACGAUUUCUUUUCGAUUCAUUUUCUGUAGAAUUUUGUUGGAUGUGUCUGAGAAAUUGGACUGAGCACAAUCGCGAGUAUUAUGAAUGUAGCAUAUAUAAAGAAAAUCCCAAAGUAGCGAAUGAAAAUUCAGGAUUGAAAGCAAGAGAAGCUUUAAAGAAAUAUUUAUUUUAUUAUGAACGAGUAAGUUUUUGAAUCACGAGUCUUCAAUCCAUCCUUCUUAAUCCAGAAGAGAUGAUUCUUACUGGACCUCUAGGAAGAACAGUUUAGAACUGAUGGAGCGGCUAUCAGUAUAAAUAAAGUUAGUUUAGUUUGUAGGUUUCCUCCUGUAGUAACAUUGGAUCAAGAAGAGAUGAUCCUUACUGGACCUCUAGGAAGAACAGUUUAGAACUGAUAGAGCGGCUAUCAGUAUAAAUAAAGUUAGUUUAGUUUAGGUUUCCUCCUGUAGUAACAUUGGAUCAAUAAGAGAUGAUCCUUACUGGACCUCUAGGAAGAAUAGUUUAGAACUGAUAGAGAUAUCCAGUAUAAAUAAAGUUAGUUUAGUUUAGGUUUCCUCCUGUAGUAACAUUGGAUCAAUAAGAGAUGACUCUUACUGGACCUAUAGGAAGAACAGUUUAGAACUGAUAGAGCUAUCCAGUAUAAAUAAAGUCAGUUUAGUUUAGUUCAGGUUUCCUCCUGUAAUAACACUGGAUCAUUAAGAGAUGAUCUUUACUGGACCUCUGGGGAGAACAGUUUCGAACUGAUAGAGCAGCGCUAUCGUGUAUAAAUUAUUAAAUUAUUUUGAAAUAUUUUGCUGCAGUGGUAUAAUCAUGGCGCGAGUCUCAAACUAGAGGCGCAAGCGAGGAAGAAAAUUGAUCAAAAAAUUCACGAGAAAGUCAACAACAAUGUUGGGACCUGGAUAGAUUGGCAAUAUCUCCUAGAUGCCGCUACUCUUUUGGCUAAGGUGUGUGUAGGCUCGAGACAACGAAUUUUCGUUUUACUCCACAGUGUCAGAAUAAUAUGAAACUAAUUUUUCGAUAUCUCUGAGCAUGGUUCUGACAUAUUCACUGUGUUUGCCAGAAGUUUAAAACAUUCGGCAAUUUUUAAUGAAAAUUUCAGUUAGCCUGCGACAUUCAGAUUUCAGACCGGAGUUAAGGAAUUGAGUGUUUUUUAAUUAAUUAAUUAAGUGAUGUUCUCGUCAGCGUCUUAGCUCGAGGGCUGUGUUGGCCGUGUUAUCGCGGCCAAAAAUGGGAAAACACGGCUAGAUAAAACGAACGCGGCUUCAUUAUUUAUAUAAGGACGUGUAUGUUCAUAAAAUAAGACAGUAGACAGAAUAUCUUUCUAUUUACGUCAUAAGGAAGUUUGUAAAAUCUAUUGUUGUUGUUGAAAUUGGCAAAAGUGAUCCGUGAUAUUUUAAUGUUUUGAUGGAUAAUGGGAACUGUAUGGUGUUAAAGUGGUUUUAAAUACCCCCAAGAGUUGCUGAAAUAACUUAAUAUUUUAAUGUCAGUGCGCAAUAGGAGUAUAUGCUCGCCUUGUAUUUGGUUGCAAAGCACAGAACAACCAUAGGCAUUGUCCGUUGUUGUAGAACCGUGAAUUUGGCUAUUUAAGGUAAUUGACAUGUGCACACCCUGGUCAUUUAGAAACACGCGCAAGAUCUAAAAUCCUAGCUAAGACCCUGGACUUCUCGUGGCCUGGCUAGGUGCUUCGGUGGCCCACUCAUCAGAACAAGCGUCUCUCGCCUCUGAGUUCGUGGGUUUGAUUCUCGCUAUGGAUUCACUGAUGUCAUGUCUCUCAGUUGGCUUCCAAUUUUGGAACGUAGGAAUUAUCAUCUUGCCAAAUUAGCAUACAAAGCAAUGAAUUGUGAUGACUGGCCUUCAUACUUAAAAUUAGAGGAAUAUAUUCCUAUAAGACCAUUACGAUCAUCAUCUGCCCGGCGUCUAGUAGUCCCUAUUAUCUCUGGAACCUUCCAAGAUGAAGCAGCUCGAGUGUUCAAUUCCUUACCUGAAGAAAUUCGAAACUGCGAUACAUUUAAAGAUUAUUGCAGGACCUCCUCCGAGUACUUCAAAACAUUAGUCAAAAACAGAAUUAGUGACACGUCGUAAACUCUGUUGACAUUGUGUGUAUAACUAUACUGUAUUGUACUGUGUAUGUCAAUUGUUAAAUACUAAUAAUGUCAAUUGUUAAAUACUGUAAUGUACAUAUCAUAUCAUAUCGCAUGGAAAUUUGCACUAGAGAAAUCCUAAUCGUAAACAUGUAUGCAUCAUGUCGAUCAUAUUUUACGCAUCUUGGCGUUCAGUUUGGUGCUGAGGCGUUCGGAUUCUAUCAGUGCGUUGUUUCAGUGGUUUUGGUUUUUUUGGGACACCCUGUACAGUAUAUACUGUGAAUUAAAAGGUCUAUGUUAGGAAGAGGAGGGGCACCAUGCAAUGGACUUUACGUCCAGUUUGAGUACAGCCCUUUAAUUGUAUGUUAGAUGAAUAUUUGUUGAAUUAAUUUGUACUCAAUAAAGUUUAACAAACACAAACACAAACACAAACACAAACACAAACACAAACACAAACACAAACACAAACACAAACACAAACACAAACACAAACACAAACACAAACACAAACACAAACACAAACAUAAACAAACCUAUCGCCAGCUGAGCUAACUUUUGAAGUGCAUGUCACCUUUUCUUGAGCAAAGUUUUGAAUUUGAACAAUCUUUCACAUACAUAAUUAGUUACGUUUUUGGCUGAUCUAAAUUCACCAUUUGUGAAAUUACUAACACCCUGAUAUUGCCAGACCAAAUUUUGAGAAUUAUAUUGAAGCCUAAACUAAGUCUUCAUCUGGUUGAUUAAUUUUCUUUUAAUUAUUCCAGUGUCGCUACACGAUCAAGUAUACCUACCCCUUCGCUUAUUACAUGGAGGAUGAACGCAAGGAACUCGUAAGUCGCUGGCUCGUGUGUCGAUUGUAGAAUUAAAAAUAUAUACAAAGGGUGACUCAAGCUAUAGACUAAAUUUUGAUCAAGGCAAGAAGAACGAAAUCCAACACCACAGCUAGAAAGAGCGUCUUAGAAUGAGUAAAACAGCAAAGAUUGGUUGCUAAAUGUUGUAAAAUGAAGAAAAUAUAGCCCUGUGAAGUUCGCAAAUUUUGUAUAUAUUUGUAUUACGCGCGGUAAAAAUAACUACUUUCGACUCAAAAAUGGUUGUUUUUCCCGCGCGUAAUGCAAAUAUAUACAAAAAUUUGCGAACUUCACAGGGCUAUAUUUUACUCAUUUUACAACAAUUCGCAACCAAACUUUGCAAUAUUACUCAUUUUAAGAUGCUCUUUCCAGCUAUGGUAAUGGAUUUCGUUCUUCUUGAUUGUCUAGAUCAAAAUUUCGUCUAUAGGAAUCAUCCAUUAUGAUUUAAUCAUAUAGUUUGUAUCUUUCAUUAUUUCUCCAGUUUGAAUACCAACAAGCACAAUUAGAACGUGAAAUCGAGAAUCUUUCCUGGAAGUUAGAACGAGAGGAACUUUAUAAACGCGGG